CCCAGCCCCGUUCCCCCCGCAGCGCUCCCGGUGUCCGCGGCCAUGGAUGCGCUGCACGAGGCCGGGAUCCGCUUUGCGGCGCUGCUGCAGGCGGGGCCGUCCUGGCUGGAGCGGGUCCUGGUCCCGCUGACCUCCGUGGCCGACCCCAAGCACGUCUUCACCGUCUGCUUCCCGCUCUGCUACUCCCUGGAGCCAGGCGUGGGGACGGCGGUGCUGUGGGGCGCGCUGCUGGCCGAGUGGCUCAACGUGGUGCUCAAGUGGCUCCUCUGCGGCGAGCGGCCCUUCUGGUGGCUCCAUGAGUCGGGAAUGGCGGCGCGGGAGCUGCUGGCGCUGCGGCAGUUCCCUGUGUCCUGCGAGAGCGGACCCGGGAGCCCCUCGGGGCACUGCAUGGUCACGGCGGCAGCGCUGUGGCCGCUCGUGGCCGCGCUGCGCGCCCGCUGCAGGAGCCCCGCGCUGAGGAUCCUGCCCGGCGCUGCCUACGUCCUGCUGCUGGCGGCCGUGGGGCUCUCGAGGGUCUUCGUCCUGGCCCACUUCCCCCAUCAGGUGGUGACCGGCACCGUGGCAGGGGUGGUGCUGGGCUGGGGGCUGCAGGGCCGCACCCCGGGGUCCCCCCGCGCCUUUGCCUUCGCCGCGCUGCUCCUGCCACUCAGCGCCCUCAUCCUGCGCUGGGUCCUGAGCGCUGCCGGGUUCGACGUCGACUGGUGAGUGCUGGGUGGGGUAAGCCCCACCUCCUGCCCCACAGCC